AAGGAAGAGGGUGGUAUUGCGGACUACGGAGGGCAGGUUUGAGCACCAAAAGCGUGAAUAGCAGCUAUCGGGGUCGAAAUCGAACUUGCGGUUGUAGCACAUGUAGCCGCCGAAUGGCCGCGAGUGCCGAUCGCGAACUUGUAGAUGGUCUUUGCGGUGCACUGGAUGCAAAUGCGGGAAUGGCGCACAUCCAGAAUCUCGCCCCGGGCGGUUGAAGAUAAGAGCGCAACUUCCGCUCGAAGACACCAGUAUGACAGCUGGGCAUGGCAUGAAGGAUAGACUGUCGCAGCUUGCCCACGAAGCACAUGAGGAGAUUGAGGAGCUGAAGGAUGGCGACGAGAUUAUGAAGGAGCUUCGUUAUCCCGCGAAUCCACUUCACUAUUAUAAAAUGUCUCUGCAUCGCGCGUUCGUGUGCUUGGUCGGAUGGGGACGAGAUGAUGCAGCGGGUGCGAAUGAGCUUGAAAUUGCUGCCUUCAUCCCGAAGCGACGAUCUUGUCCGUGGUUGCAUGCAGCCAUGUCUUAGCUGUAGAUUGAUGGGAGAGGGGAAGAAAGUCCUGCGGUAGCUAGGAAGACCAUCCAUCACCCGCAAGUUCCUCAUUUUCCCUCCGUCAGAUCCUCCAUCCGCUUUUGUAGAUCCUUUGCCGUCCGUCGCAUAGCCAAAGCUUGGCGAGCGCUGGGGAUGAGUCGCGGAGACUGCCACAGGGCCGAGGGGUGG